AUGGCCACGGAUCCAGUCCCUCUUUGGCUCGAUGUUGAUACAGCUCAUCUGGCGCCUCUCCAGGACGCCUUCGCCCUCCUCAUAGCAGCCCACGACCCGAACGCGAAACUUCUAGGCGUCACUACUGUCCACGGAAAUGCGUCUUUAUCGAACACAACCUACAACACCAGAGGCAUUCUCGAGGCUAUAGGACGACGCGACAUUGUAGUAUACCCCGGCUCCGCGAAGCCCAUAUCAAGAGAAGCCGUUCACGCGGCCGACAUUCAUGGUGAGUCUGGAUUAGACGGCGUGACUCUCCUCCCCGAGCCCGUACAGCCCGUACAGCCCGCGGCCGAAGAUGUCGACUUCUUGGAAAAGAUGUAUAGUGCUCUGAUAGCUACGCCUGUGCAUACCGCAUGGCUUGUCUCCACUGGCACUUUGACAAACAUUGGGCUUCUCUUCCAACGAUAUCCCGACCUGGCCGAGCACAUCAAGGGCCUGAGCAUCAUGGGCGGCGCAAUCGGAGGUGGUUUCAGUGACGCGCCAAUGGGCACGGUCAAGGGUGAGGGCGAGCGUUUUGGGAACUGGACAUCUUUUGCAGAGUUUAAUAUCUACUGCGACCCCGAAGCCGCUGCCUCCCUCUUCACCAACCCCGUCCUCGCCCCAAAGACCACCCUCAUCCCACUCGAUCUCACCCACCAAGUCCUCGCCACGGCGCCAAUCCGCCACAAGCUCCUCUACGGCCCCUCUCCCCCUUCUUCCACGACUUACCCAACCGCCCUCCGCGCCCUCUUCACACAGAUCCUCUCCUUCUUCGCCCAAACCUACGCCGAAGUCUUCGCGCUGACCGCUGGACCGCCUCUGCAUGACCCGCUCGCUGUCGCGGCAGCGCUGUAUCCGGAUCUAUUUGACGAUGCAGGGGGUGAAAGGUUCGCAGUGGAGAUCGUGACCGAGGGCGUGCACACGGAUGAUAGAGCUGCCGUAGGACAGCUAGGGCGGACGAAAGCGGCGCUGUUGACAGUUGGAGAAGGGGGCGUUCGGAUCCCCAGGACAUUGAAAGUAUUCGAAUUCUGGUCGCUCAUCGAGUCGGCAUUAGAGCGAGCCGACGUCGUCAGCCCCAUGAGAGCAUGGCCGGCAUCCAAGGUUCAAGAAUCAGGAGUUUUAGACACAAAGGCAUAG